CGCGUAUGAUUUUUGGGCCUGGCUGGGUUUUGCUGGCUGCUGGUCCUUCGCGUGUUGUUGGUGAACAGUGCGCGCGGCGCCCUUUCCCCCUUCCCCACUUUUGUUCUCCCCUUGCUGUGCGACGCCCUUGGACUGGUGGCUGUGGCACUUAUCGCAGUAUCGCGGAGCACGGAUCACAUCACCCAACGACGACGACAACAGCAGCAAGGAAAACGGCACCAUGAGGAUUGCACGGGUGCUGCUGAGCAGCCUCAUGUUUGUGACGGGCCUGAUUGUGUCAACGAUGCAGUUGGCGGCGUAUGUGCUGCUGCGGCCGAUUUCGCUGUCGCUCUUCCGCACUGUCAACGCGCAAAUUGCCGUGCUGUUCUGGCUGCAGCUCAUCUGGCUCGCCGAGUGGUGGGCCAAGAUCGACAUGCAGAUCUUUGCCCCCAACCAGGAGGUCGCGCAGGCGCUGGAGCAUGAGCACAAGGUCAUUCUCGGCAACCACCGCAGCGAUGUCGAUUGGCUCUUCGGCUGGGUCAUUGCCCAAAAGUUCGGCACCCUCGAGGGGUCCAAGUGCUUGAUGAAGUCAAGCCUGCUGCGGGUGCCUGGCCUUGGGCUGAGCUGGUGGUUGUCAGAUUUUAUCUUUCUCAGCAGAAACUGGGAGAAGGACAAGGAUCAUCUCAACAAGAGCACGCGUGCAUUACAGCACUACCCCGUUCCCCUCUGCUUUAUGAUCUAUGCCGAGGGAACACGCAUGACGCCAGACAAGCUCAAGGCGUCGCAGGAGUUUUGUCGCGAGCGCGGCCUCCCCGUCUUGAAGAAUGUCAUGUGCCCGCGCACCAAAGGCUGGAAUCUCGUCAUGAAGGAGCUCCGCAAUGCCGUGGACAGCGUGGUGACGCUGACCCUUGAGUUCCCAGACGUGGAGCCAAACCUGUUUACGUUGCUCGCAGGGAAACCGUUCCGCGUGCACGCGUACAUGGAGCGCUUCCCCAUCGACGCCAUCCCCAAGGAUGCAAAGGCGUCAUCGGAAUGGUGCAUGUCUGCAUUUCAACGGAUGGACCACGUGCUUGAGCACCACAACAAGACGGGCACGUUCCCCGGCAUCUCAAUCAACCGCCCGCGCAGCACCAAAGCGCUCGUGGUCAUGGUUGCCUGGAUGGCCCUCAUCUACGGAUCAAUCCUGCUGUACAUUGCAAUGUGUUCGCAGCCGCUGACAGCGGCCAUCACAACCGCCGUCAUCAUCGGCACAGUUGAGGCAAUCAUUCAAGUUGGCACGUUCCUCACUUCCAAGAUGCGCAAGGUCAAGGCAGCAGCAAAGGCAAAAGCAAAGGCAACACACGCAGCCAAGAAGACAGAAUAGUGUACAUGCUGUGUUGUGUCACGUCUGUUUGUACGUUGUCCAUGUGUACGUGUUGCGUGGUGUGUUCUGACCUUUGCUGUAGCAUCUCUUGCAUCAUGUUAUGUUGGCUUGCUUGUGUUUUGCUCCACAAAGUUGUGUUUGUGCGUGUGUGUGUGUGUGUGCGCGCGCGCGCGCGUGCGUGUGUAUGUAUGUUCCUGAUGGUUCUGGUGUCUAUCACAUCGUCGCCUUGCGCUGUUGCUGUCUUCCACCCCUUUCAAGUCUUUUUUUGCCCCACUUCCCUUGUUGUGUGUGUAUCAAUUGUAACGAGC